GACUGGGGGGGGGGGGGGCGCCCCGAAGCGCGCAGGCGCAGACAUGAGGGGCGAAUGCCGAGUCGCUGACCGAACGCACCCCGCCCCCCGGCGCCAUCUUCCCGACCGCGAGCCGUCCAGGUCUCAGUGCUGUGGACCCCCAGAGCCUAGAGGAUGUUUCAUGGGAUCCCAGCCACUCCGGGCAUAGGAGCCCCUGGGAACAAGCCGGAGCUGUAUGAGGAAGUGAAGUUGUACAAGAACGCCCGGGAGCGGGAGAAGUACGACAACAUGGCAGAGCUGUUUGCGGUGGUGAAGACAAUGCAAGCCCUGGAGAAGGCCUACAUCAAGGACUGUGUCUCCCCCAGCGAGUACACUGCAGCCUGCUCCCGGCUCCUGGUCCAGUACAAAGCUGCCUUCAGGCAGGUCCAGGGCUCGGAAAUCAGCUCUAUUGACGAAUUCUGCCGCAAGUUCCGCCUGGACUGCCCGCUGGCCAUGGAGCGGAUCAAGGAGGACCGGCCCAUCACCAUCAAGGACGACAAGGGCAACCUCAAUCGCUGCAUCGCCGACGUGGUCUCGCUCUUCAUCACGGUCAUGGACAAGCUGCGCCUGGAGAUCCGCGCCAUGGAUGAGAUCCAGCCCGACCUGCGAGAGCUGAUGGAGACCAUGCACCGCAUGAGCCACCUCCCGCCCGACUUCGAGGGCCGCCAGACGGUCAGCCAGUGGCUGCAGACCCUGAGCGGCAUGUCGGCGUCAGAUGAGCUGGACGACUCACAGGUGCGUCAGAUGCUGUUCGACCUGGAGUCAGCCUACAACGCCUUCAACCGCUUCCUGCAUGCCUGAGCCCGGGGCACCAGCCCUUGUACAGAAGGGCAGAGUCUGAGGCGAUGGCUCCUGGUCCCCUGUCCGCCACACAGGCCCUGGUCAUCCACACAACUCACUGUCUGCAGCUGCCUGUCUGGUGUCUGUCUUUGGUGUCAGAACUUUGGGGGCCAGGCCGCUCCCCACAAUAAAGAUGCUCUCCGACCUUC